AUGUAACAUCAAAAGCAAGUACUUUAACAAUUACGACUAAAUAAACAGCAACAACACAAUAUACAGUAUUUAAAACCAAAUAAAUUUCAUCAACAGGUACAACAUUGUCUUAGCAGUUCCAGCAACCAAGUAAUUUGUUACAGCGAAUAUUACACAAUUAACAUCCAACCGAGUUACUAUGAUUUCUUCAAUUACCACUAAAAUGAAAGUACCACAAGUUUAACUACUAAAAUGACUACUACUACAACUACAGAGGCACCUGAUCUUAAAUAAUGCAAGGAAUGUGUGAAUUUUUUUGGCAUAACUGAUUAAUCACCAGAUUCUUCAGAAAGGCGACAUAGAGAAGAUGUUGUACUUAAGGACACCAAAACUGGCACUAGAAAAUUCUUAGAUAGUGAUAAUGGUUCUUAAAAUAAUAGUAAAUCAGGAGCUACGUUAAGAAUUAAAACUAAUUCUUUACCCAAUCAAUGUUUCAGCACAUUCUAUUUUGUAAUUUAACAUAGACAUCAACUGUAUUAACUGAAAAUGACAUUGAUUUUGAAGUGGAAUUCAAAAACUCCUCUUAAGCAAGCAAAACUGCAAGAAUGCUUGCUCAGUUAAGAUAGAUAAUCAUAGAAGAUGGGAGGUAGUGAUCAAGACACUGUAAAUAGCAUAUUAUGUGAUACAACUUAGACGAAUUAAUAGUAUGUAUAGCAAGUUAGCCCUUCCUAUACAGAAUACUCUGGAAAUUAUAUGGAUAUAGUUGGAAUUGCAAUUAAUGGAGUUCAUAUUCAUACAGGCAACUCAGAAUAUGGUUUUGAUAUAUUCUUCCUUUAGAAAUAUGGAGAUAAUAUAUACAGUGGAUCAUCAAUAGAUCUAGACACUUGUCUUGGAAGUGCUUAAUUCUAAGGUUUCUAUAAUUACUAUGGUUUACCACUUUGUAUUCUUCCCUCAGGUCCAAUUAAGAAUGGCUUGUCUUCAAAUAGCAAUGACAUAACAGAAUGCAAAAUUGAUAAACUUAUCUACUCAAUUUCUUUCAUGAAACCGGAGGAUAAAUGA